AUGCCCGCAGCCAAUCCCGCGCCCCACCUCCACUUGGCAGAGCUCAACAGCUUCCCCCCUCCCCGCUCCUGCCUUCCCUUCCUCGUGAGGCGGGCCGGGAUCCCUUCCGAAACGGCUCUGAGGCGACGCGCACACUGUCAUUCAUCCCGCAGAUCCACGCACAACCACCUGAAUAAUUUACAGAUCCCGGAGCGGAUUUCGCACGGGAACCCGCCGCAGCCCACCCGCCGCCUCAUCCUCCUCCUCCUCGUCGUCGUCGUCCUAGGGGCCAUGGGGAACAGUAUUUACAAGUUCCUGUGCGGGGUGUGCUCGGACCUGUCCGACGCCGCCUUCCAGCCGCAUGGCGCGGACGCCUCCGUCGCCGCGCUCGGCCGCGACAUCCUCGAGUUCCAGCGCACCAAGCAGGUCCCCGAGGGCCUCGGCCGCCACGUCGUCUCCUCCGCCGCCGCGCAGGCCAACUGGUACAAGAAGCUGCAAGUGGCAUGGAAGAAGGCGAGGCCGGCCCCGACGACGCCGGAGGAAGCCGGCCGCCUCGUGGUGCUGACGCUCAAGAACCACCAGAAGGCGGACGUCGACGGCCUCCUCGCCUUCUACGGCCUCCCGCACCCGAACGAGGCGGGAUCGGCGCCACCGCCGGCCGCCGGUCACCACGCUCCUCCGGCCCAGCACAGCGCCCCCGCGCACAAGCCCCAGGGCGUCAAGUUCGAGCUGCACACGCUCCCGGUGGACGCCAAGGCGGUGGCCGACGGCGACACGGUGACGGUGUACGUGGACACGAAUGACGCCCCCAGCGAGAUCAAGAAGGCCGCGGCGGAGCGCACCAAGGCGCGCGCCGCCAGGAACUUCCCCACGGCCGACGCGCUCCAGAAGACCAUCGCCGACGCCGGGUACAGGAUGGUUCCCAACGCCAAGGGCGCCGAGGUGCUCGCCAAGAAGUACAGGAUCAGGCUAAGUGGGAUCGACGCGCCGGAGAGCGCGAUGCCGUACGGGAAGGAGGCCAAGGAGGCGCUGCUGAAGCUGGUGGAGGGCAAGUGCCUGACGGUGCACGUCUACAACACCGACCGCUACGGCCGGUCCGUCGGGGAUCUCCACGUCGGCGGGGUCUUCGUGCAGGAGCAAAUGCUGAAGAAAGGCUUCGCGUGGCACUACACCGCCUACGACAAACGCCCGGAGCUUGCCAAGUGGCAGAGCCAGGCGCAGGCCGCCCGCAAGGGCCUGUGGGCGGCGUCCAAGCCGCAGGAGCCGUGGGAGUACAGGAAGGCCAAGCGCAACGGCAACGCGUGA